UGUCACAUGUAUUUAAAUGAACAUUUGGCAUAGGUUUUUAUGUAAGUAAUCAACAGUGCAUAAGAAAAUGAUAUAUUUCCAGUGUCUAAAUUGUAUUCCAAAUAUCUUUAAAGUAUAUUCUGAAGAAUACAGGCUGAGUAUGGUAUUUUUUUGCAGUAUCAGAGAACCAGAUGGUCUUUCUAGCAGUUGCAGAGUCAGGCCUUCUGCACUACAUUUGUCAUCAUUAGAGCCAGUGACGCCUGCACACUGCACACACUCCACUGUGGUUUGCUUUGCAGCACCCCCCUCUGUGUGUGACAGGCUGUGACAGCCAGUCCAUGUAAGGAGAGUACACUCACUGUUACUAUGGAAACAAGUAAACUGUGCACAGGGAAGUGGGUAGAAGGAGAGGGAGAAGAAGAAGAGUUGGGCACACGGACACAAAGGCCAUCAAGAGUACGCACAUAGAGAGAGAGAGUGUGUUCAGAAGUUGGAUUUAUUUCCUUCUGCCGGCAGAGGAGAACUGAUGCGCAUCCUCUUCCCCCAGCUAUAACCCAAAGAUGCCCAAUGCACCGAGGUCCUCUGCAGGCUGUGCUAAGAUGCAGACCACGCUGAGCACCUGGACUCCUCUGAACCACCCGCUGUCCAACAGCAAGGUGUUUGAAGAGAGGCGAAACCUUCUGGCAAAGUGGUUUGACAAGUGGUCUGACAGCCAGAGGAGGGCCGUGCUGCAGGACUUUGUGCUGAGCUGUUCUCAGGAGCAGCUGAAGUUCCUGAGCCUCAGCUUGAGCAGACGGCUCCCCCUGCAGGCCGCAGACUUCACCUGCCUGCUGCCCAGAGCCCUCUGCCUCUACCUCUUCUCCUUCCUGGACCCACGCAGCCUCUGUCGAUGUGCCCAGGUGAGUUGGCACUGGAAGAGCAUGGUAGAACUGGACCAACUGUGGAUGCCAAAGUGUCUUAGGCUCGGCUGGUGCAUCAACUUCUCCCCAACGCCCUUCGAGCAGGGCGUCUGGAAGAGACACUACAUCCAGACUGUGCAGGAGCUACGACUAACCUCGCUACAGACUGUCCCAUCCCAGCAGCAGUUUGUGGUUCCACAUGUGUCAGCCAGCAGCAGUAGGCAUGAGGAUCUGUCAGAACUGGCCUUCCUCGGUGAGGAGCGUCCAGAAUCCAGCACCCUGCCACUUGGAAACAUCUCCAGGAAGAAGCGGCCAACUGCACCGCCACCAUGGAGAGAUUCUGACAGAUGUCCUAAAGACACGCUACGCUUCAACUACUUGGACAACCUGGACCCCAAUGAACAAGCCCUCAAAGCGCAGUCAAACAUCAGAACCUCCACCUGCCGCAGAAACACGUGGAAACCAGACGACGGGAGCAAGAAAACACUCUCUGAGGCGAAUUACAAACUACGCAAAGCCAAAUCCCUGAUGUUCCUCAGCUCUAACUGCAGAGCCCAGCAUCCACCUGCUCCUCUUCCUUCUCCUCCUCAUCUCCAUCAUCAUCAUCAUCAUGAGACCCAAUCUCGACCCUCUUGGGCGGUUUGCGGUCACGACCACCCCGUCACCAAGGAGACCGCCAAGAGCAUGCUACGCCUGGCCCAGUGGAACGCUGGGAUCCGUCCAGGGCCGGUGAGGUCAGCGGUGCCCCGGCUGAGCGUGGAGGCCCUCAGGGCGUCCCAGCGCUCGCACCGGAGCGUUCCCACUACACCACUGUUUGAAGCUCAGCCCUGGACUGUGCCUGCUUCACACACACACCAGAUAUGGAGUAAAGCACGUCGCCAUCAUCUGGAGGACAACAGAACUGCAGCUUCAGGACAAGAUUAAUAUCUUUUGCUCAUAUAAUGCAUUCUAAGGUCAUAUUUUUUACCUUGUGUGCACAAGUUAAUAACUUGUAUCAGUGACCUUUGUUUCAUCUCUGUCCUUAUUUCCUGUCUUCUCUUUAGAUAAUAAAAACUAAAAAUACUUUUAAA